CUGACAGGGGCACCGAUCGUUCAGAUGAGUGAGGGACAGCAAUCGCUCGACACGAUGCUGCGAUUUUGUUAUCCGAUUCCCGAUCCCCCGCUAACAUCUAUCGGGGCGAUCAAACAAGCUUUGAAGGUUGGACAGAAGUUUCAGAUCGCCCAGAUCGAAUCAGCUGUGCGGGAGCGCACAAUCUCUAAUGUGAGGACAUUCGAUCCACCGGAGACACUGUAUGCCCUCGGAUGGAGAUAUCAAUUGCGGGGUGUCGUCCUGGCUGCAGCGAAGGAGACAUUACGCAGCGUCAAUAGCCCUACAUACGUGGAUGAUUUCGACGAGCUGGAAGGCAUGGCCUAUCAUCGACUCGUAGAUUAUCGCGCCCGAUGUGGAGAGGUGGCCAGCUCCGCCAUUCGUUCAUGGAAGCUCUGGGAACAACCACCUCCCCCUGCCAUUCAACCUUGCUGCAUGAGCGCCACGAGUAUUCUCGUCUACGGAACAGGGAGCCGA